ACAGCACACUAACUACCAGCGAUUACCAGACUUAAUUGAACGACUUGUUUGGUUGGAUCUCUGUUUACCAAAAAAUAAAGAAAAGAACAAAUAGAUCCAGGUUGUGGUGACAAAUUUCCGUGUUAUCUGAAAUUAACCUUUUCUGAAGUUAGCAACAUCGAAAUCAUGGCUUUCGAUCCCUAUAAUAAAGGAGGUUAUGGUUCAGGUUUCAAUGGAACCUUUUCUCCAGGAAUGGGAGGAGGUGGAUUCAAUGAUUAUGAUCCGUCCAGUCAGCCUAGUGUUGAUAGGCAACAAGGAAUUGGCAAUAAGCUACGUCCUGUAACUAUCAAGCAGAUAUUGGAUGCUACCCAAGUCCAUGCUGAUGCAGAGUUCAAAAUAGACGGGGUCGAAGUUGGUCAAGUAACCUUUGUAGGAGUUUUGAGAAACAUUCACCAACAAACGACAAACACAACGUAUCAGAUUGAGGAUGGCACGGGUAUGAUUGAAGUCCGACAUUGGGAGCACAUUGAUGCUCUUUCAGAAUUGGCUACUGAUACAUAUGUUCGUGUAUAUGGAAAUAUUAAAGUCUUCUCCGGGAAAAUAUAUAUCGCUUCCCAGUAUAUUCGGAAUAUAAAGGAUCACAACGAAAUUCACUAUCACUUUUUGGAAGCCAUCAGCGUUCAUGUACACUUCACCCAGAAGCCCCAAUUGACUGGUACAGCGCCUUCUGCUUUCGGUAAUCCUGUCCCCAAUGCUGGUUCUGCUCCUGCUUCCAACUCUUUGGAACAAAAACUGGCAGAGUACUCUUUAACUCCCACACAAAUGAUCGUCAUGCAAGCUAUACAUAAUGCUCCUGACACGAAUGAGGGCGUACAUGUUCGACAACUUGCCCAAAGCGUUGGUCCUGGUAUAGAUCUUACUGCUGUCACAGAUUUUUUGCAACAAGAAGGCAUCAUUUACACUACAAUUGACGAAAACCAUUUUAAGAGCGUCCUGCAAGACCAAUGAAUGCUCUCUUUUCCUAACUUAUAAUCAAUGGCUUUAUGAUCCUAGAUUCGGUCCUUUUGGUUUUGUGUUCACCUUGUCAUGUUCUAUCUAAUUAAUUCUCGAAUUUUGUAUAUACCUAGGCUUUCCUUGAUGGGAUUUUUUAUUUUUUAAAACUUGAGUAAUAAACAUUCCCCUUACAAAAAUUGACACUUUC